AACAGUCCGAGACGCACACGUCGGGCCGCCAAACUAAAAACACAGUUUCAGUGACAGUUCCGCCGCCAUCCGACAUCGGCCGCGUCUCGAUGUCUCACUAUUUAUAGGCGGGCGGAGUGGCGGCCGGCGGCGGUGCGGCGCCCGGCGGUGCCGUGCGCGAUGUGCGGACGGAGCCCCGUGUUUACCUCUCCAGUGUUGUGAAAUCGUGCGCGAUGUAGCCCACCAUGGUUGUGAUAUUCCGUAAGUCCCCCGGCCGUCCGCGCCGGAUGUGACGCGGCCUCGCUAGUGAACUGUGUUUUAUUUACAAACUUCAGUUGUAAGGUUAGCUAAUUUUCGUAGCGUUAUUUAUCUUCGAAGGUUGUGUACGGUAAACUUUUUUUCCCGUCUUCUCCGGUUGUGACUACAUUAGAUGAACCUGGUUCAAACUUGCGACUUGUUUUGUUGAGGGUUGCGCCCGGACUUAGUUGUUAUGUGACAUAUAAUGAUACUUGGACUUUGAUGAUUUGUGGAAGUGGAAACGAGCGAUCGUUAGACCCUUUACCCAGGAAUAAGGACUCAAUUUUUUUGGAUUGGCAGGGAGUUUUAGGACUGUAGGAUGACAACGUAAAAAUGAGCGGCUAGAGACGCCGGCGAGUUGGGAUGACUGCUGUUAACUCGGUGUCGCGCGGCCGUCUCCCGAUGCCGACGUUCUCGCCGCGCGCCGUGCUGAUGUACAGCGCGGCGGUGGGCGGCGAGGGGGUCGCGCUGCAGCUGCGCGAGGCCACGCCGGCCGAGAUCGACGAGCGGCUCAUCUGCCACGAGCCCGACCUGCUCGCUGAUCUCUUCCACGCCGCCGUUGAUAUCGAAGGCGAGCACGAGGGUCUGACGGCACUGCUGGGCGCCGCGUCCCCCGACCUGGCGCUCGCCUCCGACGCCUCCGACAGCCUACCGCUGCCUGAUGACCACGAUUGCACGUCGUCGAUGUCGAGCAUGAGCGGCGUGACGACAGUGUCGGUGUCACUGGCCGGGCUGGACCCUCGCCCGCUCACCGUCAAGAAGGUCCGCCCCAAGCCCGCCUCGCCCAACCGCCAGGGGCCGCAGCAGUGCCAAGUAUGCAACAAGAUAUUCGGCAACGCGUCGGCGCUGGCCAAGCACAAACUGACGCACAGCGACGAGCGCAAGUACGUCUGUAUCACCUGCGCUAAAGCCUUCAAGCGGCAGGACCAUCUGAACGGGCACAUGCUGACACAUCGGAACAAGAAGCCGUACGAGUGCAAAGCGGAUGGGUGCGGAAAGUCCUACUGCGACGCGCGCUCGCUGCGGCGACAUACAGAGAACCACCAUCAACCGCCGCCAGAGAAACCCGCGCCGAGCGUGGAGUCCAGUACGCCGACGGACAAGGACACCAGCCGCGUCCCCGCACCCGCCUCCCCCCCGCGCCUCACUACCUCUGAGUCCAGCAGCAGUUCAGAGAAGAGCAGUAGCGGCGAGAGCAGCCCGCCCCGCACGCCGCCCGCCCCGGCCGCGCCUCACACGCCGCCCGCCCGCCCGAAACCCAAACCCACCAAGACAAAGACCGGCACGACGCUCACAGGGAGUCCGAAGCCCGCGAGCGUGCCGGGCAAGGCGGGCGACAAACCGGUAGAAUGCAACCUCUGCCACCGCAAGUUCAAGAACAUACCUGCCCUUAACGGUCACAUGAGGCUGCACGGCGGGUAUUUUAAGAAGGAUUCAGACAGUAAAAAGUUGGACAAGAAAGAAUCAACAGGGCCGCCACUGCAGACGGCGUCGGUGUCGAUACGAGCGCUCAUCGAGGAGAAAAUCAUCAGCCGACGAGGAGCAACAGCAGCCAGCACAGCAGCCACAGGUACAGUCACGAGUACGGUGCAGACGCGGCCGGCGUUCGUGACCCCCGCCCCUCCACCGCUAUCCACAAUCAGAACGUCAUCGCCCGCGUCGCCCGCCGCCACCACGGCGCAGUUCGUGUCACCGCGGGCGCCGCCAGUCGUCACAGUCGCCAAUGCCACCGCAACACAGAGAGACACGACGCUCAUCGAGCUUCUCAAGAAGACCAAGGUUGUGAAAAGGGCGGCAUCAGACCCAGGACAGGCAUCACCGCAAGGAUCGCAGGAUUUAAAUUUCCGACCAGAAAUAUUCGGCGUGUCGUUCAACUCCGACGACGGGUACUUUUCCCCGGCGCUGAACGAAGACACGUUCCAAUUCACGACGGCGGGAGAUCAUUUAGAGGAGUUCGCUUCCUUAGACGACUACGCAACGGUCGCUGCUUCAAUAAGAGACCGAUCCCCCGUCACCUACCCAUCGAGUCGACGGCUCGCAGCAGUACUCAACUCACCGCUGCCAGAAUCCUUAGCUGACUUCGGAGCGUGUCACGGUGGAUCCCCCGUGGCGUCUCCCGGACUAGGGUACGCGGAUAGCUCGCCUGGACUGUCGUAUAGUACGGGGGACUCGCCUAUGAAUUACGCUGCUUCUCCGAGCGGGAGCUACUCCACCCAGCCGGAGCCGUCGCCGGGUCUCACCUACCCGACCCCGCCGGCGUCGCACGAUGCCCACUCCCCGGCGCACACGGUCCCGAGAGCGUCCUCACCUCUCACGGCUGCAUUCUUCACUGCCACUAUGUCGAGCCAAGAGGAGGUCGAGGAAGCUUUGGAGGAGGUGUUGCCCGAAGAAUGUAGGUCACUAGAUGCGUACACGUUAGAAUCGUCGACGACGGCACGACGGAUCAUGCUUAAUUCUGAGGAUCCUCUGUUGUCCAGUAAUCCACGAGAUUUCUCACACCAACGGCCGCUGCGGCGACAGUCCCGCAUCUCCCCCGCUAGCACGUCAUUGCAUCAAUGGCAUCAAGAUACGUCGUCACUACAGGUAUGUGUUGAGGGAAGAGAGUCAGUGCCCGCAGUGUUCCUAAGUCCGAGCAGCGUGCCGGCGUCACCGCGGCGGAAACGUCGCGCGUCGCCGGCGGGCCCGUGCCGCUCGCGGAUACGAAGAUCCAACUCCCACUAUACCCCGCAGCCGAUGCUGCCUCCGGACAGGGAUGGCACGGGGCUACUGGCUGAACUGUCGAGUGGUCUUCAAGCGGAAGCGGACGUGACGGCGGAGGAGCCGGCGCCGCGCAUCAACAUCGGGCCGGAGCACCAGGCGGCGCUGCCGGAGAUGUGCAACAACCGCGUCGACCUGCACCGCGCGCCCGAGCAGCUGCUAUGGGACCCCGGUAUCAACGACGCGCUGGAUGAUAAUGAAGUGCGUAUGUUCAUGGAGCUGGCGAUGUGCGCGGCGAUGCCGGUGGGCGGGCACACGCGCGAGUUCGCGCUGCAGACGCUGGGCGAGUGCGGCGGCGACGUGCGCGCCGCGACGCUGCGCCUCAUGUCGCGCCCCGCCGCACCGCAGCAGCACGACGCGCGGUGGGCGCCCGCCGAGCUCGAGGCCUUCCUCGCCGGCCUCGCCGCACACGACAAGGACUUCUACAGGAUAGCGCAGAUGGUGAAGACCAAAGAUUCGAAGCAAUGUGUGCAAUUUUACUACUUUUGGAAGAAGGUGACGAGGGACUACAAGACGCUGUACCUCAGGAGUUGGCACGACGCGCAGGUCCCCCAAGGUCCGCUAGGCACGGCCCCGGCACCCUGCGCCUCGCCCCCGCCCGCCGCCUUCGAGGGCGAGGAGUUCCCCUGCAAGAUAUGCGGGAAAGUAUUUAACAAAGUAAAAAGUCGUAGCGCCCACAUGAAGUCGCACCGGCCUCUCGACGCCGAGCCCAAGCGGCGCCUCGAAAAGCCUUAUGAAAAGGUCGAGAAAUCCGACGACAGAUUCCGAGCGACUGGCGAAUAUCAAAGCAAAUUGCUCACGAAAUAGCUUCACUCGUUCUGUCCCCGCGCGGCGGCGGUCGGCGGCGGCCGAAUUCUUUUCCUUUGAUUUCUGCCCGCUCGGACCUCGCCUUUGUCGCUGUCCACCUUUAAAUUAUUCUCUGCGCUUCCACCGUUCGGAGGGCACGUUUUGUUGAAAUGUUUGUACACCAUUUAUUUUCAUUCUCAAUGAACUUCGCCGACCAUUUUUUGUUCGAUCGAGUGAGUAAAGUUACUUUUUAAGUCGCUUCGGUUCAGUCGAAAUGCUAGGACGUGGCAUUUAUUCGUAUUAACGAGUACAAUCACAGAGUAGUUUUAUA